CUCGUUUGCAGUAGUCCAAAAGCAUGCCAACCAGAUAAACUUUCCACAAACUGCUGAUGAAUGUAAUGAAAAUCUUCUUGUUUUUUUCUUAUUUAGAGCACCUGACAGCUGGAACUCGCCCUACCACCACUGUCACAACUGUCACUCCACCCGCGAAUGUGGAUAAUUUAUUUGGAUCUUUCUUGCGGUCGGUCACUGGUGACUCUCCAUCCAGCCAGCUCAGGUACAAAGGACGAGUCUUUCACUUCAGCUCUCGUGGACGGAUUCACUCGUUGCAAGAACCCUGGGUAUUUGAUGGUAGAGCCUGGGACCUAGAGAGUGGAAUCAGCGUUGAAGCACGCCACUACCGCACCAGUGACGAGGCUAACCAGCGUGCUGUGCAAAAACUCAAGGACAGACUCAAGAGCGAAGGGUUAAUUACGGAGUAGUGCGGGACUUUUUAAAGAGUUAAUAAUCAAGGGCCCCAAGAGCUGAUUUAAACUGCUUCUAAUUAAUUAGAAUAAAUGUAUUGCCUCGUUUUUACUAUCGGUUUUAGUGGGAGUUGCGGUGGCCUCAUGGUUAGCGCGCUCGUCUCUAGAUCGAGCUGUCCAAGUUCGAGUCCUGACCGGGGACAUUGUGUUGUGUUCUUGGGCAAGACACUUUACUCUCACAGUGCCUCUCUCCACCCAGGUGUAU